GAGAUUGGAGGGCCAGGGACGCCUGGUGGCCUCUCACCUGUUUUUCCGGCAAGGUGAAUCUGAUGAGAUAGGGUUGAUUUUAGGGCACCAAGAGUAUCAACCCACCGAUUCUUUUCGGUUUUUGGUCAAAAAUCUGAAGAAAACAAAAAGCGGCCGCUGUGUGUCUAAUCUGUGUGUGUCUCUGUUUUUUGUGUCUUUCACGUGUCUAAUAAUUGUUACACUGACAAUGGGACAGAUGGUGACGACCCCACUUAGUCUGACAUUAGAUCAUUGGACAGAAGUAAGGACAAGGGCACAUAAUUUGUCAGUAGAAGUUAAGAAAAGACCUUGGCAGACCUUCUGCAUCUCCGAGUGGCCCACCUUCAAUGUUGGGUGGCCCCCGGAGGGGACCUUUGAUCUUUCCACUUUAUUAGCAGUAAAAGCUGUUGUCUUCCAGGAUUCGUCUCAAGGACACCCAGAUCAGCAACCCUACAUUUUAGUCUGGCAAGAGUUGGUGGAGAACCCACCGCCCUGGGUAAAGCCCUAGGUGCAAAAGAAAAUGGGCCCUCGAGUUUUAGCUGCCCAGACCCAACCUCAGAGCAAGGAAAAAGAAACUACUAAAGUUCACCCUGACACUCAAGAUUUGCUUAUGGUUGAUGAUCCCCCUCCUUACCCUCCUGCCCCUACGGCACCUCUGGCACCGGCACCGCCAGCCCCGGAGCCCCCAGCACCCUCAGUCCCUGAUGCUGAGGCAGUGGGGCCAGCUCUGGGACCUGCCCAGGGAACUUGGCGCCGCCGAGGGGCCACCUUGGACCCACCGGGUAUUUUUCCUCUCUGGUCUUAUGGAGUUCCCAUCCUCGGGGAAGAGGGGGACCUGCCUUUCCAACCUCUGCAAUAUUGGCCGUUUUCCUCUGCCAAUUUAUAUAAUUGGAAAGCUAACCACCCUCCCUUUUCAGAGGAACCACAAAGACUAACUGGGCUGAUAGAGUCCCUGAUGUUUUCUCACCAGCCCACUUGGGAUGACUGUCAGCAGCUUUUGCAGGUGCUCUUCACCACGGAAGAGAGAGAGAGGAUCCUCCUGGAGGCACGAAAGAACGUGCCUGGAACCAACGGACGACCAUUGCAACUCCCUCAUGACAUAGAGAGGGGGUUCCCGUUGACCAGACCCAACUGGGACUUUAAUUCUCCAGAAGGUAGGGAGCGACUAACCAUCUAUUGCCAGGCUCUGGUGGCGGGUCUCCGUGGGGCCACAAGACACCCCACCAAUUUGGCCAAGGUAAGAGAGGUCAGUCAGGGAGCCACUGAGGCACCCGCAGUGUUCUUAGAACGCUUGAUGGAAGCCUUCAGGCGGUAUACUCCCUUUGAUCCCACUUCUGAGGAGCACAGUGCAUCAGUGGCCCCUGCUUUUAUCGGACAGUCAGCACCCAACAUUAGAAAGAAGCUUCAGAGAUUAGAGGGCCUACAGGAUUUAUCAUUGAAAGAUUUAGUAAAAGAGGCUGAGAAAGUUUAUCACAAGAGGGAGACUGAGGAAGAGAAAGAGUUAAGGAAAGAGAAGGAAAGAGAAAGUAAAGAGGAAAAAAGAGAUAGGAAGCAUGAGAAGAAUUUAACAAGGAUCUUGGCCGCAGUAGUAGAAGGUAAGGGAUGCCCACCCUCUAGUGGCAGAAUUAGGAAGGCAGAGAACCUGGGCAACUGGAUCCCUUUAGAGAAGGACCAAUGUGCAUACUGCAAAGAAAAGGGGCAUUGGGAGUAAGAAUGCGCUAAGAAGCCACCGCGGGGACCUCCGAAGAAGGUGUCUCUGCUAAAGGAUGAAGAUUAGGGAAGACGGGGCUAGGAGCCCCUCCCUGAGCCCACGGUAACCCUGAAGGUGGAGGGGCAACCCGUUGAGUUUCUGGUGGACACUGGUGCUCAACAUUCUGUACUGACCCAAGCUAAGGGCCCCCUCUCUGGCAAAAAGUCUUGGGUGCUUGGGGCUACGGGCCAGAAACAAUAUGCGUGGACUACCCUAAGAACAGUAGACUUAGGAGUGGGAUGAGUAAACCACUCAUUCCUUGUCAUACCGGAAUGCCCCACACCCCUGUUAGGAAGAGACAUCUUGACAAAAGUUGGGGCCUAAAUAUCCUUUCAGGCUGAAGACACUCGAGUGACUAAUCGGGAGAAAAAACCUUUGGGCCUAAGUAUCCUGACCAUAAGAUUAGAAGACGAGUACCACCUUUUUAAGGAACCAGAACCCUCCUGAGUUAGUCAGGGGUGGCUUAACCAGUUUCCAGGGGCCUGGGCGGAGAUGGCGGGUAUGGGGCUUGCUGUGAACCAGCCCCCUGUGGUCAUAGAAUUGAAAGCUUCAGCCUUACCAGUAACUGUGAGACAAUAUCCAAUGAGUAAAGAAGCCAGAGAUGGAAUUAGGCCCCAUAUCCAGAGGCUCAUAGAGCAGGGGAUAUUAGUAAAAUGUAAAUCCCCAUGGAACACUCCCUUGCUGCGUGUAAAGAAAGCGGGAACAGGAGAUUAUUGACCAGUGCAAGAUUUAAGAGAAGUUAAUAAGAGGAUACAGGACAUUCAUCCCACUGUGCCGAACCCUUAUAACCUGCUAAGCUCUCUGGCCCCGGAAAACACCUGGUAUACAGUCUUAUAUUUAAAAGACGCCUUCUUUUAUUUGCGCCUACACCAGAAUAGCCAACCGCUGUUUGCUUUUGAGUGGAAAGACCCCUCCACAGGAACUACUGGGCAAUUGACCUGGACUCGCUUGCCACAAGGAUUCAAGAAUUCGCCCACCCUCUUCGACGAGGCUUUACAUCAGGACUUCGCCUUUUACCAAGCCUCCAACCCACAGGUAACUUUGUUACAAUAUGUCGAUGACUUAUUAAUAGCAGCCCCUACUCGGAAAGCCUGCCAAGAGGCCACUGGAGCCCUUUUGAGUGAACUUGCUAAAUUGGGGUAUAGGGCAUCUGCCAAAAAGGCACAGAUCUGUCAACAACAAGUGACUUAUUUGGGAUAUUCCCUGAGAGAGGGGAAAAGGUGGCUUACUGAAGCUCGAAAGCAGACUGUGACGCAGAUCCCGGUUCCCACUACUCCACGCCAGGUUCGCGAGUUUCUGGGGAUGGCAGAGUUUUGUAGACUGUGGAUACCCAGAUAUGCCACCUUAGCCGCCCCUCUAUAUCCCCUAACCAAAGGAGCGGCCCCGUUUGUUUGGGGACCUGAACAACAGCAGGCCUUUGAUGAUAUUAAGAGGGCCCUCCUGUCGGCACCCGCUCUGGCAUUGCCAGAUGUGACUAAGCCGUUUGUCCUUUUUGUGGAUGAACGGAGUGGAGUGGCUCGAGGAGUGUUGACCCAACAAUGGGGACCUUGAAAGAGACCUGUCGCCUACUUGUCAAAGAAAUUGGACCCAGUGAGUAGCGGAUGGCCUGCCUGUUUGAGAGUCAUGGCGGCCAUGGCCCUCUUGGUUAAGGAUUCUGACAAACUAAUGCUGGGGCAAAAGCUCAUUGUGGUUGCUCCACAUGCGCUGGAAAGCGUAAUUCGGCAACCACCCGAAAGAUGGAUGUCGAAUGCCAGAAUGACUCACUACCAAACCUUGCUCCUAAAUCGCAAUCAUGUGGAAUUUGCCCCGCCCACCAUCCUAAACCCGGCUUCUCUGCUUCCUGAUCCGGGGAAAGAAGUACUCCAUACCUGCCAGGAAAUCCUGGCUGAGGAGACAGGGACCUGCUGGGACUUAUGAGAUCAGCCCCUAGAAGGACCGGGACUACUGACUUGGUACACAGAUGAGAGCAGUUACAUCAUGGGAGGUAAGAGGAUAGCGGGAGCAGCAGUAGUGGAUGAUGACUGGAUCGUGUGGGCCAGCGGACUCCCAACGGGCACUUCUGCACAGUGAGCAGAACUCGUCGCCCUGACUCAGGCUCUAAGGAUGGCAGAAGGUAAGAGACUUAAUGUCUACACUGACAGCCGAUAUGCUUUUGCCACCGCUCAUAUACACGGGGCUAUUUAUAGACAAAGAGGGCUAUUAACUUUUGCCGGGAAAGAUGUUAAAAACAAACAGGAAAUUUUAGAUUUGUUGGAAGCCAUCCAUAGGCCUAAGGAAGUAGCAAUAAUACAUUGCCCUGGACAUCAGAAAGAUGACUCUCCAAUAGCUCAAGGAAACCGGAGGGCAGACCAAGCCGCAAAACAAGCAGCUCAGAGAAUGAACAUCUUACCCCUCCAGGUGUACCCGGAAGCAACAUGUAUUAAGAGCUUCCAGUAUACACCCGAGGAUUUCGCUCGGAUGGACAAGCUGGGGUUCCAAAAAUCUUCACCCCUUGGAACUAUGUCAGGAAAUGGGAAAAAUAUUCUGCCCCAGAAAGAGGCAGGAGAAUAUUUGAGGCAACUACAUCAAUUGACACAUUUAGGGGCCAAGAACCUAAAAGCCCUGGUUCAACACUCCCCUUAUCAUAUCAUUGGUUUGGAAAAAAUGGCAGACGAGGUGGUGAAGAAUUGUGUUCCUUGCCAAUUAGUAAAUGUGAAUAAACAUCAAGUGAUAUGCGGAAAAAGGCUUCGCAGAGAUCGACCGGGAGCUUACUGGGAAGUUGACUUCACUGAAAUUAAGCCUGCUAAGUACGGACAUAAGUACCUUUUAGUUUUUUUAGAUACUUUUUCAGGAUAGACAGAGGCUUUCCCCACCAAGACCGAGACAACCCAGACAGUAUCCAAAAAGAUACUUGAAGAAAUAUUUCCAAGGUUCGGAAUCCCCAAGGUAAUCAGUUCCGAUAAUGGUCCUGCCUUCGUUGCCCAAGUAAGUCAGGGAUUGGCCAAGAUCCUGGGGACAGAUUGGAAACUGCAUUGUGCAUACAGGCCCCAGAGCUCAGGACAGGUAGAAAGGAUGAAUAGAACUCUAAAAGAGACCUUGACUAAAUUAUCCAUAGAGACUGGUUUGUGUGAUUAGUUGGUCCUCCUUCCCUUCACUUUAUUUCAAGUCCAAAACACUCCUGGCCACUUUGGGCUAACACCCUUUGAGAUAAUGUUUGGGGCCCCGGCUCCGCUUGAGUCGGCUCACCUCCAUACAUCCCCCGAAUGUGUAACUAAUAAGUUUCUGCUUGAAAAGUUAUGGGUCCUAGAAGUUGUACAGAGAGGAGUGUGGGCCACCAUCCGGGAAGCCUAUCAGCCAGAGGACCUGUCAGUGCCUUAUCAGUUCCAGGUGGGAAACCCCGUCUACAUAAGACGACACUGAACAGGAAACCUUGAGCCUCAGUGGAAAGGACCCUUCAUCGUCCUCUUGACCACUCCCACAGCCGUGAAAGUGGAUGGCAUCUCCUCCUGGGUACACGCUUCACAUCUGAAGAAAGUGCCCCAGCCGGACUCGGAUUGGCAAGUAACUCAGACUGAUAACCCCCUUAAGCUUCGCUUGUGUAGAAAGAACUAUGUUAUUAGUGAUUCUGAUGCUCCUGCUACUUCCAACCCACCAGAACACUAACCCCCAUGAACCCAGGUUACUGACAUGGCAAAUCAUUACCCCAGCUUCUCACCAAGUAGUAGUCCAGUUAACAGAACAGCAUCCAAGGGGGACUUGGUGGCCUACCCUCACUGUAGACAUAUGUACUCUCUUCAAACAAAACCCUUGGCACGGAGGUAGAAUAGGGAGGCGAGGAUGUGGUUCUCAGGCUUCUAUGAAAGAACUCCAAGAUACCUGCUUCUAUGUAUGCCCAGCCCCCUCAACCGAUCGUGCCAAGGUCUCACAGUGUGGUGGGAAGACAGACUUUUUCUGCAAAAAUUGGGGUUGUGAGCAGACUGGGACAUGCUAUUGGCUAACAGGAAAGUCUCCUCCAGGCCUUAUAAAAGUCCAAUGGAACACCACUCGCACCCAAUGCAUGACUAAUCCCACUUGCAACUUAAUUGACAUCCCCUUUACAGAUGCAGGAAAAAAGGUGACAAACUGGGAGAUAGGGUUUAUGUGGGGACUACAACUUUACCAGAAUGGAUAUGAUAAUGGAGUCUUGUUUAUGCUCAGGCUUAAGAUAGAGACCCUUCCAGCUGCCCCAGUAGGACCCAAUUCUGUCCUAAGAGAUCAGCCGCAUCUCCCAAAGCAGACCCUAGUCCUACCAGUGGACUCUGCCACCAUUUCUGCCGCCCCCACCCCUGGCCAAGUAGCCCCAUUUCCUGGCACCGGACAACACCUCCUCAACCUUCUCGAGGGGGCUUUCCGGGUUCUAAACACCACCAACCCUAAUACUACUGAAUCCUGUUGGUUAUGUUUUUCCUCUGGACCUCCUUAUUAUGAAGGAUUGGGGUUGUUGGGCAGUUUUAACAAUACAAUCAGCCAUGAGAUUUGUAGUUGGGACAGCCACAAGACGCUGACUCUGACCAAAGUGACUGGAAAAGGGAAAUGUCUAGGCACAGUUCCUCCCACUCAUAAGAAUUUGUGUAAUGAGACCAUACCCAUAGCCUCCUCGGGUGAAAACAGGUAUCUAGUCCCUCCUCCUGAGGGAUGGUGGGCUUGUAAUACUGGACUGACCCCGGUGUCUCCACCUCCGCCUUCAAUUCCUCCUGUGAUUUCUGUAUUAAUGUCCAGCUAGUGCCUAGGCUGAUGUAUCAUGAUGAUCUCUCAUUUGUAACAGAAUUUGAACCCAGACAGAGAUUUAGAAGAGAACCAGUCUCGCUGACUUUAGCCGUGUUGUUGGGAGUAGGAGUCGCAGCUGGAGUAGGAACGGGGACAGCCGCCAUCAUCCAAGGGAACCAACACUAUGAGGGACUGAGGGCAGCUAUUGAUGAAGAUUUGAGAACUAUAGAGCAAUCUAUUACUAAUCUUGAAGAGUCCCUAACUUCCCUUUCUGAAGUAGUGCUGCAGAAUAGAUGAGGACUAGAUCUACUGUUCUUAAAAGAAGGACGAUUGUGUGCAGCCGUAAGAGAAUAAUGCUGCUUCUAUGCAGACCAUUCCGGAAUAGUAAGGGAUUCAAUGUCUAAACUUAGAGAGAGACUAGAUCAAAGGAAGAGAGAAUGAGAGGCUAGCCAAGCUCUAUUUGAAUCUUGGUUUACUCGAUCCCCAUGGCUUACAACCCUGAUAUCCACCCUGGCAGGACCCUUGCUUAUUUUUGUAUUACUUCUCACUUUUGGUCCCUGUGUUUUAAACCGGCUAAUAUCCUUUGUUAGAGAAAGAGUGAGUACUGUUCAGGUACUAAUGCUGAGACAACAGUGUCAUUCUCUUACACAGCAAGAAGAAACGAGCAUUCCGUGAUUGGAAUGUCUAAAAAGAAAAGUGAGGAAAUGUAGAAUCUAAGCAUUUAGUGAAGAGAGCAGGUUAGCUUAAGCACAGCCAUCUUAAGAGCCCAGAAGCCAUUUUCUGAAUAUGUGACUUAGAAAGGCCGUGAAAAACAAGUUAAUCAAUGAUGAGCACCGACAGCAGUGACCUUUAGUCAGUUAACCUCGUUUGGGUUACUCAUACAUACCAAGCUUAUCUUGCUAAACCACCCUAACAUGAUCUUAACUUGCUAAACUCCCAGGAUGUGACACCAGCUUGAAAAGUUAUGUGCUUAUGGAAAAAUACUGUCUUUUUGAACAUGCUAUAUAAACCCCUGGCUUUGAGUGCUUGGGGUCCUUGUUGAAACCCGCUGCAUCAGGCUGACACUUGGACCCCAGCUAGCUGGUUCCUGAAUAAAGCCCUCUUGCUUGCUGCAUCAAGAGACGUCUUCCGUGAGUGAAUUGGGGUGGCGUUCUCAUUUGACCAGAUCCAACAGGAGGUCUCAGCAUCCCAAGACCUGAAAAGUGAGGCCUGUUUUCAGACAUCUCCAAUAACAGGGAGGAGGAUGGAAGUCCUGUCUCAGCUUCCUAGCUUAGAGCCUAGGAGGAAUAGAAAGGCAAGGAGAAUGGCUUAUGAGAGGAGAACAGUGAAGAAGGUGCAAGUGCAGAGGAAAUGGGAGAAUAGGAUUCUAGGGUAAAGAUUUUUCAGGGAAACUUUGGUCUCUAUAUUUGCUGAGUCUCAAUUGGUUAAGGUUUUGGCUGUAACUAAAGGUGCCAGGGUAAAGGUGGAUGAAGGGAAGAGAGGCAGUUUUUAACUGAGCUCUUAGAGUCAUUAAAAGGGAGUUGUCUGUCCAGGCAAACCUCUUAGGGAUCUGGGAGCCUUGUCAGGGGACACCAGGAGGUUAUUAAGUUCCCUGGGGAGCAUCUCGGGUUGCCUGGGCUGAGGGAGCCAGCUGUGAAGGAAAAAAACUGUUGUGCUGAGAAAGAGGUUUGGCCCUAGGUUAUGGUGCUCCUGCAGGCUGCAGGAUAGGCCAGAGAGGUGAGUUCUCAGUGGGAGGUCAGGAACUGCAGAUCCCAGAGUAAAAGUCUGUUUCCCUCUAAAUGGAAAAUAGAUAAAAUAGAGCAUAUGUGAUGACAGAACUUGGUGCAAAAGGAACAAAUUGUCAUAGAAUAUAAGUGAGUGAUAAAGCUCUUAGCUUCUGCAGGGAGCCAUUGGAGAAGAGGAAAGGGAGAAAUUUCCUGGCUUCUCUGAGUGACAUUCCCUAGGACCCAAUGGUGACCUGCCUCCUAGGGAGGGGUUCCCCGCAAGGCAAGCACAUGUGGGUGCUGCCUCCAGCCCGGUCUAGUGAACAUCUCAUGACCAAGGGAGAAAAUGCAGGCACGGUGGAAACCAGGCAACCUCGUGCACGAGCCAAGGUAGGAAAAUUGGGUGGUAAGUAUUGCCUUGGUGGUUGGCAUUUUUCAGAGGUCAACUGUGUGUGGCUGAGAUGUGUCCUAAAUACAAAGCGAGUGUGGAGUUCCUAUCCGCGUUUCCAUUCUCCUGUGGGGAAAAUGGCCAGAGACGGAUGAAGCAAAUCUUGGGGUGUGUGCAAGAAACUUCCAUUAUGGGGAGUUGAGUACACAGGGAUCUCAGACACAGGGACUUCUUGAAAGAUGGGAAAAUCAAAUUGUGGCCUAGGGAAGCAGGGCAAGAGAACCAGACGAGCUCCCUUGGAAUUCCCCCAAAUAGCCUGCUGGACUGAAGGUUAUGGUACUAGGGGGACGCAUCCUGUACCAGGUUAAGGGCAAACAGAAGAUAAUCAAAUUUUGCUGUUUUGUCUGGAUUAAAGUUAGAUCAGAUGAAAACUGGCUUUGCCAGGUUUAAGUUGUUUUUUUUUAUAGUAAUAAAGCCUCCAGUUCACCUGAGGAAUCUUGGUUACCAAGGGCGCUUCCUCUAUUACCCCUCAAUACCAGAGAAGGGAAAGCGAAGGAGGAGGAACUACAAGAGACUUCCCAGAACAAGCCCUGGUGUUGGGAGAGCAUUGCGUGUUUUCCUCAGUCCCUGUCCCGGCCACAGCUGCCUUGGAGAGUUGAGGGGUGGGGACACGGCGGUGAGGCAGAGUAAAAGUUUUGUUUGGAGUUAUUCGGGGAGAAAGUGCAGGCCGCCUCGGCAGGGAGGGACGCCCUGGAAGGUGGGAGAGAGAAAGUUUUAAGUUAAAAACUUGUGCACUUUGAGGGUGCCGGUGGCCUUGGAGAGAGGAGUGCCCCAGGGGUUGGGGGUUCCCUUUUUAAGGAUUCUUUAGGAGUGUGGCUGGCACCUGGAGGUGUAGACUUGUUAGGUGGUCUCAAGUAUCUUUGAUAGGACAUUAUAUUUCUUAUCAGUCCUCUGGGUAAUUCUGCAAAAUUAGCUUAACACAAGAAAUUUACUGCUUUAGUCCCCUCCCAGUAUAUCAGCUUCCGGGUUUGGGAGCAUAUCAGGACUGGCUGCCCUUCUUCCAAGGGGGGCAGGGUUAUCUGUUUGCUAAUGAGUAAGUUGAGAGUCUAGCUUCUUGACCUCCUGGGUAUUAAAAUGCAGUCUUUGGGAUGAAAUCCUUCCUGCAUUUUGCUAUGUUGUUUACAGCUGCACCUGCCUGCAGAAUUGAUUGCCUGGGUUGCAGACUAUUUGAUUGGAGUUUGAGGGGGAAAAAAUAGGAUAUAGGUAAAGUAAAAAAAAGAGAAGCUGGGCCUGUAUGAUUAACAUAAUAAAGACAAGCUAUGUUCAGGUACCCUUCUUUAUCUGAGGAAUAUUCAAACAUUCCAGGCCAAGUUGCUACUGUUGUUUUGAGCUUUAAUUAAUUAGCUCUGGCUCUUUUUAGUGGACUUACCUGGCCUUUUUGUCUUUCCACCCCACUCAUAUCUAUUUAACAUUGGGACCCACUUUCUUGUCUCCCUCCCUGUGGGUAAAAUUGUAACAUUUCCAGAAUAUCUCACCUGGCUUUGGUACAUCUGCAUAUCAACAGGCAGUUAGAGGUGGAAAGAAGAAUGGCUGUAGAGCAUUUACAUCUUUCCUCAGGGGUGUAGAGAAGUUCAUUUCCAUAUCUAUGGGUAAUUAUGUGGGCAAUGGAGGGCUUAUCUGUACCUGAGAGAUGAGGGGGAGGGCCGGUUUUUGUCUGAUGCUGGAGCCUGAAAGAAACAGCCCCAGACUACAGCUUGUGAGCAAUAAAUGGAUUUUAACUUUAUUUCUCCCUUUGACUGAUUUCAGUUUUUAGAGGUAUUUUGCCCCAGGAUUUCCUCUCCCCAUACUUAACAAUAUAAGAAGGACUUAAGAGUUUCCCCUUGCCUUCUGGGGAGUCCACCAGGAAUCCCAAGGUGUUUCCAUUGAGAGAAGUCCCACUAGGACAAGGGGGAAAUUUGUUACUGUUCCCCUCAUGGGUACUGAGGUGAAAAGUUUUAAGCAUUGCUAGAAGAUCUCCUUGGCCUGGUGGACCAACUAGAUCAAUUCCUGGGAACUAAUAUAUAUACUUACGUUGAACUGAUGUCUGUAAGGCUGGAGGCACCAGUGGAAGGGGUGAGCCUGCUGGACAAGCUCAGGCCUCACCAAACAAGGUGAGGAGACCAAUGGUUCUGGUCUGACAACAUUCCAGAAACUGAUCAGAUAACAUUCCUAACUAGAGCCCUUCCCAGGUAACUAUCCAGUACCUAGCUAAAAGCCAAUGAGAGAUGCCCACGUACCCUAGGCAAGCCAAUCCUCUUGCCACUGUAUACCUUUGCUCUCCCUCCCCCUUCCUUCUUUAAAAACUUGCUGCCUGCCCUGCUGGGUGUGACUUCCCCAGCCUCCAUUUCUGCAGACUGGGAAACCUCACAUGGAGACUGCGCUCAAAUAAACUACCUGGCCCUUUGUUGCCUCUCUUUACUUGCUUACUUCGGCUAGAAUUUAUAUUACAUUUGGUGCCAAAAUCCUGGGAAAGAGUGUGAGCGUGGGGCCCCGACCGGCCACCGGUGGCCCUGCCCCCUCCUUCUCUGACCCAGGACCUCAGUCUGCUCUCUGCUGCGUGGACUAUUUUCCAGUGUGUCCCUCAGUUUCCCCCGAUCUGUCUCCCUUGCUAACUCCAUUUCACCUGAUCCAUUCAAAAUCGUACGUACAUCCAGGUUAGGGCAUUCGGCUCACUCUCUGUGGGCUUCCAGCCUGCCCCUGGCCCUGUGGUGUGGGAGACAUCCCUAUCCCAGGCCCCAGGAUGUCUACAGGCAUGAGGCCCACCCCUGGCCCUGUGGUGGGGGAGACAUCUCUCACCCAGGCUCCCAGGAUAUCUCCCCUGACUUGGUGCACUUGAGAUGCUGAGUGCUUCUCACAGCGGGAUUAGUUGCGGGGUGACACAGACAUGGGGAACCAGCACUUGAAAGCAGAGGCUCAGACCCUGCUGCGGUGUCUCAUUUCUAAUUUGGCUACUCUAUAUUUGUCCCGGAAAGUUUGCAAAUGGAAGCUGAUCUUUCUUUGCUCUGAGGCCGGGCCUCAGUAUCCCUUGGACAACCAAUCUCUCUGGCCCCCUGAGGGAACUUUCGAUUUUGGCCUCCUCACCGACUUGACUAAUUAUUGCCACCAGAGUGGAGAGUGGAGUGAAAUCCCAUAUGUGCAGGCUUUUUGGACUUUUUGCUCCCACCAAGACCUUUAUGUUAAGUGUUCAACAACUCAAGUUCUCCUGGCCCAAUCUCCAGUCAAAGAUUGUCAGCCUCUUACUCUGCCCAGUCCUUCUUCCUUUUCAGAUCCACCAGAGGACCUCUGUCUCCCACCUCUCUCACCUCGCUACAGACAAGAAGCUAAAAAGGAAGAAAGCGAUUAAAUAUCAGUUGCUCAAAUCUUAAUAUCUGUUUGCCUGUCUGUGUAUAUGUUUUUAUAUGUAAAGUGUUGCUAACUGUAGUUGUUAUGUCUCAAUUUGUAUAUUUGUCUGUCUAAGUGUGUAAAUGAAAAAGAUUUUUUUACCUCCGGAUGGUAUUAAUAGAAUUGAUUUAAAGACAAGUGCUUGUGAAAAAUGGGCAUUCUAAAACUUCCAGAAAAUUCUAACAGAAAAUAUUAAGCAUUAAUGCUAAUUUAGGUUGAACUGAAAUGGACGUGUCCUUAUGAUUAUCAGCUGCCUGAGUUUACCUAAAGUCAUUUAAGUUGAUGUUAUUGUAGGACCCCAACCUCCCUGAGAAAUAAGUUAGCCUAAGAGUAGCCAUCUUGAAGCCCAAAAAGCCAUUCUGAUAUAUGACUCAGAGGGAACAACUGAAACCAGGUAACUCCUCUGGAAAAACAAGUUAAUCAAUCA